CCAUGUGGACUCAGGGGAAGCUCUCACGGUUUGGAACAAACGAUGUUCGUCCUGAAUCCGUCUCCGUGCGUGGUGCUUGUGUAACAAAUCCUCGUGAGUGAGUCACGCCGCGGACUGAUUACACAUCAGGCUGAUGUGACCGAGCUGGAAAACCAACAACAGCAGCGGAAAUCCACCGUGUCCAAUCGCGGCCGCCGGUCGGUGGGCGGUGAUCGUGAAGUUCUCAUCCCGAUAAAUGGUUCCCGCCGCCGGACUCGGCUCGCGUCGCAGACCCCGAUCCCGCAGCGUGUGUCCGGGCUCCCGGUGUCGUGUGUUCACCUGAGCGAGAUGGAGAAGAGCCGGGAGAAAAGGCAGAAGAAGCCGGUGCGCCUCAUCGCGGCUGCUUGCAAUGACAUGGGCAUCGGGAAAGACGGAAAACUGCCCUGGAAAUUACCGUCUGAAUUCCAGUACUUCCUCAACACGGUCACCAGGGUGUCCAGACCAGGGAAGAUGAACAUGAUGGUCUGGGGUAAACUGUGCUGGUUCUCCCACCCAGAAACAAUGUUCCCAUUGGCUAAUACUCUACAUGUGGUGUUGAGCACCAAACUGAAUAAAGUUCCAGAUCACGCCCACUUCCUGUCCGAAGACUUUGAGAGCGCUGUCCGCAUGUCUGCAGAGCCCCCCCUCGCUGACUUGAUAGAGAACAUCUGGGUCGUUGGUGGUAUGCAGGUCUACAAGGACGCGCUGAGCCACCCGUGGUGUGAUUUGGUUUAUCUGACCAAUGUCAUGGCUGACUUUGAGUGUGAUGUUUUCUUCCCCGAGUUUGACAGAGGAGUGUUCAAACUACAAGAAAGAUUUCCUCAAGUACCGAGUGGCAUUCAGGAGGAGGACGGCAUUAAGUACAAAUUCCAAGUAUUCAAGAAAUCGAUCUGUGAUGCCAUUUAGAUUAGAGACUGCAGAAAUGUAUAUAUUAUCAAAAAACUAAAUCACUGGAUUGUUCUGUUCUUCCUUAAAAACCCUGUGCACAGCUCCUGGAUAAACCACAGAGGCGUUGCACACAAAGUGUGUCGUACUUGUGCAAAUCCAAGGAAAAAUGUGUUGUAACUACCUUUUGGUUUGUCAAUGAGCUGGUGAAAAUUUGACCAAACGGUAUUUUUAAUCCAUGAAGAACACUGAGAAUAGAUAGUGUGGCAGCGGAGCAAUUUGUAAACCCAAGAAUUUGUGUUUCGGCUUAAAUCUAGUUUUGCCCUUUUGCUGGGAAAAGAUCUUUUGCCGCCAUCUACCGUCACUUUGUCACUUGUCAGCGUUUCCAUCUUCUCCUCCUUGGUGAUAGUGAAGCUCUAUGGAAAAUAUGCUCGCCAGUGAGUCAGUCAGCAUCGACAGCCUGCGCUCCGGGGUGAGAUGUCUCAGCAGACACGACAGACACCACUGAAUUAUCCAACUGGUUUGCUUUGAUGCUAUGAUGAUAUAUCUUUUCAUAUAUAGAUGGAUGUAGAGAUAUAGAUUGUGUAAUUUGUUGUGGUUAGAAAAGCUGCAACAUAUUUAUUGCCAAUGGUUUUCACUGUAUAGCUUUUUGCAAGGGUUUUUAAUGAAGUGAGCCAAUUAAUGGACCAAUUAAGUGACACUGGGCGAGUUCAAUUUUUCAUUUUUGAAUAAAGUUAUCCUGGUUCA